CCGGCAGCCGGCCCCUCCGCCAGCCCGCUGCGAACCGCGCAGCCUCCGCCCGCCACAGGCCCGGAACCUCCCCCGCCCCCCGCUGGGGGCCGUUGGCGCCUGCGCGGGGCGGGUUCCUGGUGCGAGCGCGGCCCCUGCCGGGGCGGGGCGGCGAUGGAGGCGCAGCGGCUGCUGUGGCUGCAGGCCUUGGCGCUGCUGUGCGGCCGCGCCGGGAUGGGGCUGGCACACCCCACCGCCACGGCUCCGCCAGCACCGGCUCAGGCAUGUUCAGAGUUUUCCCAUACGUCCUGUGAAGAAUGUCUAAAAAAUGUUUCGUGCCUUUGGUGUUACACCAACAAGACUUGUAUUGAUUACCCUGUAAGAAGCAUUCUUCCACCAUCUUCAUUAUGUUCCCUCUCAAAUGCUCGAUGGGGAGUUUGCUGGAUAAACUUUGAAGCUUUAAUUAUUGCCAUAGCUGUAGUAGCUGGACUCAUUCUGGUGUCCAUAGCAGUCUGUUGCUGUUACUGCUGUUACUGCAGAAGGCGUUCCAGGAGACCAGAUGAAGAAGAAGAACGGCUAGCUAGAAAGAGAGAGGAACGAAGACUACAGUCUCUUCAGAGGAAACAUGAAAGAAAACUGAAGCAUGAUGAAAUACGCAAGAAGUAUGGUCUUCUCCAGGAUUCUGAUAAUCCAUACAGCAGAUUUGAGAAUGAAUAAAGCUGAGCACCUUCCACUAGAGCUGUAACUCCAGAAUACAGGAAGAUAGUUUGUUUUCAUUCGACUUUUGGGCUUUCCCCCCCUCCCCAAAGUUUUUUGUUUGGUUGGUUGGUGUUUUUUUUCCCCCUGGUUGUAAAACUAGGAGUGGAUAAAGACUUCAUGAAAUACAUGUUUCUGUCUUCUACCUAUAUAGAACCAAUUUUUUUAUAAAUGCUUUUGGUUGUUGAAAUAUUUGCUGAUUUUUUUUUUUUUUAAUGGUGACAUUUAAGUGUGAAAUGCUGCCUUUCCUCCUCUUAAAACUGUAUUUUAUUACUUGAUGUAGAUGGCUAAUAGUCACAAUCAUGUGUUUGAAUUCAGUCUUAACUACCACUUAAACAGUUGUUCCUAUGUUCCUAAAUAAAGAUUUUUCCCUACUGUAUCUUUUUUUAUAAAAAUAAAAGGCAACAUGGAAGCACAGCUUCACGCAGCAAAAAUAGCUGAUGUUGGUAUUGAUGAGAAAACAUACCAGUCACAUUCUUAUGUACUACCAUAACGUGAGAAUUGGGUGGAGUUUUUUCCCCUCUGAAAAAGAUCUUCAAGAGUGUAAUGUCUAAGGGUUGAGAGAGGGGAGCAUAUUUCUCUUCGAAUAAUUCAACUCAGUUGUGGCAAUGUUAGUAUGUACUUUGGAUAUAUCACUGAUGUGAAAAAGAAAUUACUUCAGUUAGCAAAAUUGGAAGAAGGUCACUUUCUUCUGUAAGCUUAAUGUAUAAUUAACCAAAAAAACCACCAAAAAAAAAAAAAGUUGCCAAGGUUCUGCAGUUCACCAGGGUUGGCCCUGGUCAGCAGCUAAGCACCACCCAGCCUGCUUGCUCCCUCCCUCCCUCCAGUGUGAUGAGGGAGAGAAUGGGAACAGCAAAAGUGAGAAAACUCUUGGGUUGAGAUAAAGACAGUUUAGUAAGUGAAGAAAAGGAGGGUAGGGGGAACAAGUCAUGCAAAGGCGAUUACCACCUCCCCAAAGCAGACCUCUGCCUACCCCCCGCUCAGUUUUUGUUGCUGAGCAUGAUGCUGUAUGGCCUGGAAUAUCCCUUUGGUCAGUUCUGGCCAGCUGUCCCAACUGUGUCCCCUCCCAGCUUCUUGCCCACCCCGGCCUCCUUGCUGGAGUGGGCAGAGUGGGGAAAAAUGAAACCUUGAUGCUGUGCAAGCAAUGCUCAGCAAAAGCCAAAGCACCGGUGUGUUAUCAGCACUGUUCUAGCCACAGAUCCAAAGCGAAGCACCAUACGGGCUGCUAUGAAGAACGUUACCUCCAUCCCAGAUGGACCCAGUACAGUAAGAAAGCAGUAUUUUUUUUUAACCUUUUAUUGUUCUUUUAAUAUUUCCAUAAUGUGAUUUAUUUCCCAUCUUUCUUUUCAUAGAGGUAUUUCACUGAGCAUUUUUACUAGUUUACCAGUAUGAUGCAACAAGCAAAGAGCUCUUCUUCCCCUCCCCAAGUCUAAUGCAAGUUCCCAUUUAUUCUGUACACUUUAAAUAACCUCCCUUGCUGUACACUAUCCAUUAAACAAAUGCACAGUAUUGAAGACGUUCAUGUUAUUUUUAUCAACAUUCCUAAAAUAAACACUUUAACAUCUUU